GUUGUCGUUUUGCCACUGUUUGAUUUGGUGUUCAGGUCCACCAGUGCCUCUGGUAUCAUAGUCCAGUUUUUGUAGGCUUUUGUGGCGCACCGUCAUUUAUGUACUUCUCCGUCGCUUUGAAACGACUCCGCUUACCGUGGCGGCUGGUAGUAGCUAGGCUAACUUACAUGGCAGAAUGUGAAAAUGUUAGUUUGAGUUCCUAACGUCGACUGCUAGCAGGGCUGGUCUCACCGGAGCUGCUCGGUUAGCGUUAGCUGUGUAGUUCACUGACCCUCGGCUCCAUGGCGACUUAAGCAGCACCGCGUCUGCAGAGUCUGCAGAGUGCGCGGGCAGCGUCACGCAAUAUCGCUGGGUUGCUGUUUUAGUUACAAUGUCUCAAACUGACUAUGACGAUACCACCCCGCUGCUCAGGGACGAUGCAAGCAGUGAUGGCUCUGAGGACGAGGACUGUAGGAGCCGGUGGAGGUCCAUCCGAGUCAUGUACUUCACCAUGUUCCUCAGCAGCGUUGGUUUCACUAUUGUCAUCACGUCGCUGUGGCCCUAUUUACAGAAGAUCGAUGAAAACGCUGACGCCAGCUUCCUGGGAUGGGUGGUAGCAGCCUACAGCGUGGGGCAGAUGGUGGCCUCGCCGAUGUUCGGCCUGUGGUCGAACUACCGGCCCCGCAGGGAGCCGCUGGUGUGCUCCAUCUUCAUCAACCUGUCGGCCAACAUCUACUACGCCUAUGCAUACCUGCCCAAGAACAAUAACAAGUUCCACAUCCUCAUGUCCAGGGCCUUCGUGGGCUUUGGAGCAGGUAAUGUUGCAGUGGUGAGGUCCUAUGUCGCUGGAGCGACGUCACUAAAGGAGAGGACCAGCGCCAUGGCCAACAUGAGCGCCUGUCAGGCCCUGGGCUUCAUCCUCGGCCCAGCUCUGCAGGCCUGUCUGUCAUUCAUUGGUGAGCACGGCGUGACGGUGAAGGUCAUACAGCUGCAGCUCAACAUGUACACGUCCCCGGCUUUACUGGCCGCGGCUUUCGGCAUCAUCAACAUCCUGCUUGUCGUGCUGGUGUUAAAAGAACAUCGUGUUGAUGAUCAUGGAAGACACAUUCGAGCCAUCAACUACACAUCAGAAGAUCGAGUGUCCAUUAUCGAAGAAAACGAGGAACCCAUCGACCAGAUGGCCGUCCUGACCUCCAACGUCCUUUUCUUCAUCGUCAUGUUCAUCUUUGCCGUCUUUGAGACGAUCGCCACCCCCUUGACCAUGGACAUGUUCUCCUGGACGAGGAAACAGGCCGUGCUCUACAACGGCAUCAUUCUUUGCUGCAUCGGCUUCGAAUCGAUCGUGGUGUUUCUGGUUGUGAAAGUGGCCGCUCAAAGGUUUGGGGAUCGUCCUAUGUUGUUAGCAGGCUUGGCUAUUAUAUUCUGCGGCUUCUUCAUCCUGCUUCCGUGGGGAAAUCAGUACCCUAAGAUCCAGUGGGCAGACCUGAAAAACAACUCGUUGGUCAGUCAGAUGUCUGCAGCCGUGAUAUCUUCCAACAGCUCUCUGGAGCCGACAGGAUGCCCGUAUGAACAGACGUGGUGUCAAUAUACUCCUGCUAUAAACCUAGCCCAGUACAUCUCGUCCGACUUCCUCAUCGGGGUGGGAUACCCAGCAUGCAACGUGAUGUCCUACACACUGUAUUCUAAAAUCCUCGGACCCAAACCUCAGGGCGUGUACAUGGGCUGGCUGACGGCCUCGGGGAGCGGGGCGCGGACACUGGGCCCCGUCUUCGUCUCCCAGGUCUACACCAUCCUGGGACCUCGUUGGGCUUUCAGCCUCAUCUGCGGCAUGGUCAUAGGAGCCAUCGUCAUCCUCAGCGCAACCUACAACAGACUCAUUGCCUAUUCUGUACGUCAUGGAAGGACUGUAGAAUAACGGCGAACCUUUUUUUUUUUUGGCCCCAAUGCUGACUUCUUUAACGACAGCCUUUUGCUGCUGUUACUGACUUUAAAAUGUAAGCGAUAAACCGUUAAAAGUUUGCGACUCAGGAUUUUUGACCUUUAAACUCUAAAGCGGAGAGAUAAGGCUGGAUUAUUUCUCAUGACUUGACCAAAGAUGGCCACGUCGCGAGUUACAAGGGAGCUUACCACUGCAACUACACCUUUGCUCGCUUGUGGGAAAAAAAAUCACUAUUUCUGUGUCAUGGCUCCUAGAUGGUAAGAAAUGUGCCUCGACAACAGACAGGAAUGGUACAGAUUUCCCCAAGUAUUUUUCACAAGAGGAAAAUAUUGAUCAUAUUUUUCCAAUUACUGCGAAUGGCCUGUAGUUGUUUAAAACUACUGAAAUGAUUUUGUGUUGUUGUUGUCUUGGUGUGUGUAUGCUAACAAUUAACUGAGUGAUAAACCAGAGGUUUAAUGUGAUCUUAUGUUCUGAAUUUUUACUAAUUAAAGUUGCAUUAUAUUUUA